AAGCUAAAUUUCAUUAAAAAUAAUAAAAUGACUCAAUUGACUAUCAAUUGCCCAUCUUCGAAAAAUGGCCUAAGUUUAUUUGAUAGCCAAUCUAGUAUUCAGAAUUCAUCUGUAUCAAAAACUUAUCAAGAUAAUUGUUCAUCGAUUUCAUCAGACACAAGUGGAUCUUUACCUGAUGUUCCAAGGGAAAAAUCAUCAAUUGCAGCGGUAUGUAAAUGGAAUAGAUGUUUUAAGGAUCAGGGGAGUCUUGAAAAUCUUGUAAAUCAUUUGUAUUAUGUUCAUAUAGGAAAUACAAGAACUACAUAUAUUUGUGAAUGGGAUCAUUGUUCACGGAAAAAGAUAGUACCAAUGUCACGUUUUGCACUUUUUGUACAUCUUAGGUCUCAUAUAGGAGAAAAACUUUUUUUUUGUAGAGUACCAGAAUGUCAGAAAUUGUUUGCUCGUUUUGAUAAUCUUGAAAACCAUAUGAAAAUUGUACAUUAUCUAGAUUUUAUUUCUUCAUCUACUCUGAGUUCACAUAUUCAAAAUCCUUAUUCAGAAACUCAUUUUAUAUCGAAUAAAGAUGUUCAAAAUUUUCUUUUAAAAAAUGAAGCUAAAUACUUUUGCAAUAAGGAAUUCACUGAAAAUAGUCAAGAUGAAUCAACUGAUUUCUUAGAGGAGGAAUCAGUGAUGUCUUUUUAUGAUCUUUCAAAACUUUUAAAACAAAAAUUGCAUUGGAUAAAAGAAAAAAAUCAGAGAUUAAAAAGUGAAUUGCAUAGGGCACAGAAAAGAUGCAAAAGAUAUUAUAUUCAAAAAGAAGGUGCUUUUGAGAAGUUGCUUAUUAAAUCAUUAGGAAAAAACAAUGCUGCUUCUAUAAUUAGAUAGUUUCAAGUUUUAU